UCCAAUAUGGAAUCUUUCCAAGCUGCCAUCACGACUUCGGUCGGUGAGCAGCCACCUUCUUUUUGGACCGGUCUAAAUAACUUUAUUUCCAAUGUGACACACAAUAACAUAUUUCCAACAUUUCCAAAUAUCGCUCGAAGUUUUUCUGAAUAUCUUUCAAAUCAUCCUGUACCAUUCUUAAGCUCUCUCAUUUAUUAAGGAACAAUGGGACCUCGGAUUCUCCUCUAGGCUCACCCAUCACAUCUGCUUCUAUGGACUACGACCCAAUGAUGCAAUUCAAACAACAGUUUAAUCACUCAAGUACAGGAUUACAAAUCAGGGUACUAGGCGUACCUCAAUCAGGUGCAAAAUCACGCGUAGAAACACAAAUCAAACUUUGCAUCCAAUUAGUAACAGAUGGAGGUGACAAGGCUCAAUGGUGGUCUCAUCUGAAAUUACCUGAAAACAUGGUAACAAAGGAAAAAGGAAAAAAGUCGGGUCAGGGUCGAAAUACAAGCGCAGAUCAUGGAUCACCGGGAAGUCUUGAAAAGACCCUUUAUUUACAGGCUAGAGUUUUAUGUGCAAGUGAUCCAUCGAAAAAAGUGCUAACAUGUAUGGGAUGUAUUCAAAGAGAACGCAAGAGAUCCCAGAGAAGAAAAGAAACCAAAACAAACAAGGAUGAGUGUGAGGAAACGGAAGACGAGAAUUCUUUAGCAUCCGACGAGGAAAGGAUCUUAUUAUUUAAUUGUGCCGAAGUAGUGGACUUUAAUGCAGGUGAUACGAUCUUGCCUACCCGUAUUACAUGUUACUGUCGACACCAUAAUGAAAGACUGGGUUUUUGUAUUUAUUUCGAAAUGUUGGAUUAUACCGGGAAAAAAGUGGCAGAAGGCAUAUCACCGCCCAUCAUGAUCACAGACGAUCACAAAUCCAAUAAACUAAAAACUGGAUUAAAAAGACGCCGCACGUCAGAAAAUGAAGCCUCGUUUACACCACUGACUCCACUUCCACCAUCGGCUAUGGAAGGGAGUAGUAUACCUGCCUUAAAUUGGAUCAAGUCAUUUCAAUUCGGCAAUAACAACAACAAUAACAAUAAUGCUGCUGUUGUGAAAACAGAGGACCAACAUUUUGGUCUUCAGUCAUCAGCAUCUUCUACUGCGUCGGCCGAUGACAGCAUGAAAUCCGUCUUUAGAAACAUGUUGACAUCCACUGUGCCUACUGCAUACUCACCCCCUCCUCCUCCUCCUAUCAUGAAGCGUCUCAUCCCCAGUGAAGCACCUGCCAGUGGAGGCAUCGAAAUCACGAUUCUAGGCACGGGCUUUAGACCGGGAUUGACCAUCAUGUUUGGUGAUACACCCGCUACAAACAUUCAAUAUUGGUCACCCAAUACCUUGAUCUGCACAUUACCACCGGCUUCUCAACCCGGACCUGUGGUCGUUUCUUUUCGGGAUGCACCACCCACAAAUCAUAAAAAUGAUAUCAUGGUCUUUACUUAUCUGAUAGAAACAGAUCGUGCACUGAUGGAACUCGCUCUGCAGGUUGUGGGGAUGAAAAUGACCGGCGUUGUAGAAGAUGCGAGGAAAAUAGCCAUGCGGAUCGUUCAAGGAAGCAGUAAUAAUAACCAGAAUUUUGCAGAUAAAUCAAAACAAAAUCAUUGAUCAUAAUAAAAUAAAAAUAAAGACUGUCCCCCCAUCCUCUUCUAAAUGAGUU